AAAAUCGACUAACGGUCCUGCGGCUGCCACAUCUGCCACCAUGAUCACAAGGACCGGCAUCCGGACGGGCUCCCGGACGGUGACCUGUAUUAUUUGUCAAUGGCGGUCACUUAGUGUAUCCUAUCGCCGGCUGGGCGACAAGCCCCCGGUCUCGGCAUCAUCCCCGGACUCGAAAGCGGCCCCCCGCGUGGCUCCGGCAGCUAGCGGGACCGGUGCCGCCGGCGUUGCAGAAAGCCCGCUCGCCCAUGCGCCCAGAUCAUAUGGCAAGAAGCUCCAAGAGUUCACGCCGACACCCCUGGCGAGGCCAAUCGGCAUGAACCAUCCUCCGAGCGCGGGCGAAAACACCGGCAUCGACAAGCGCUCACUUAAGGAGCGCCACGCGGACUUCACUAACUACGAGAAGCACCUCCAGCGUCGGGAAUAUCUCAAAUCCAAAAUCUCGCGCCCUUACUUCCGCGACUGGCGCAACCUCCAAUUCCACCAAGGCAAGACCUUCCUCUCGCCACCACGCCUCUUCCGAGCCGAUCUGUCACUCUACUUCCCCAACCUCCACGGCCGCAGCCUGGCCAAGACCCCCUCGGCGAAGGCCGCCGACACGACCCCCUUGCUCGAGGGCCGCGCCAGCGUCGUCUCCAUCUUCAGCGGCAUGUGGGCCGAGAACCAGGCACGCACGUUCACCUCGCGGGAGGAAAACCCAGCGCUGUACGAGGUGUUGGGGGCCAACGCCGGGCGGGCGCAGCUAGUGCAGGUCAAUGUCGAGGAGGACAUGCUAAAGGCCUGGCUGAUCAGGUUAUUCAUGGGCUCGCUGCGCAAGAAGGUGGGCAAGGAGAACUGGGACAAGUAUUUCAUCGUGCGACGGGGCAUCUCGGACGAAAUACGCGAGUCGAUUGGGCUGCUGAAUAGCAAGGUUGGAUACACCUACCUGGUGGAUCACCAGUGUAGGAUACGCUGGGCGGGCAGCGGGCCUGCUGAGCCGGAGGAAAGGGAGGGGCUGGUGAAGGGGUUGCAAAGGAUACUAAGCGAGAUGGAAAAGGAAGGUGUUGGGGAGCACUUCGUGAGGAAGGUGGCAGCCAAGAAGCCGACGGAGAAAUAGACGUUGGAUAGAUAGACGGGAGCGAAUGUCGUGUGAUACCCCCCUUUUUGUUCGAUAGACGCCGCCACUUAUGUACUAUAUCAGGGGUGUAAGAUACGGAGGUAACAAUGCCUUCCAUUCCGGCGCUGGGCUCAAAAAGGG